GUCACGGGGCGGAGCAGGCGCGCGGCAGCCCUUGGACCCCGGCGUCCCCGGCUCCCGGCUCCCGGACCCUCCAGCCCGCGACGGCGGCGGCCAGGCCUCAUGUACCGCUCGGUGUACCCCUUCCGCUCGUCGGAGCCCAACUCGCUGCCCUUCGGCGAGGGGGAGACCUUCCUGAUCCUGGAGCACAGCAGCCCGCACUGGUGGCUGGCGACCCGGGCCCGCAGCGGGGAGACCGGCUAUGUGCCCCCGGCCUACCUGCGGCGCCUGCAGGGCUUAGAGCAAGAUGUCGUCCUCCAGUCCAUUGACCGUGCCAUUGAAGCGGUGCACAAUGCAGCCAUGAAGAAUGGGGGCAAGUAUAACCUGGAGCAGCGAGAUGUCCUGCAGAAGCUGAUCCACCACAGGAAGGAAACGUUGUUCCGCAAAAGUCACACAGCCCCCAGCCCGGUGACCAUGACCCCUUCAUCCAGUGACCACCACCUGGACACUGCCACCUCUAGGCAGCCCAAUGGGGUUUGCAGGACCAGCUAUGAGAGACAGCACAGCCUGCCCAGCGCUGAGUUUCUGGGAGAGGAUAGUGCUUCCUACCAGGUCCCACCGCAUCCUCGACGGGUGGCUUCUAUCACACCUCCCCCACCAGGGAAGCGGCGGCCCAUCCCUGUGGGCUCUGUGAGAGGGAGUCCAGAUGCUCGUCCAGAUGCUCCAGCUCGGGGCAGCUCCCUGUCCAGCAACUCCUCAGUCAGUACCACUUCCCUGGACACGCUGUACACUGGACCCAGCACUGUGGAGCCAGGACCCCCCACAGCUGCCUCAAGCCCCAGCCACACGCCUCCUCCUAUUCCUAGCCGAAGCAGCGCUCGGGGCGCUGUGCCCAAACCCCCCACUUUACAGAACCAGAGCACCACUGCAGAGCCCCCUGGGACCACAGAGAGCCCUCCUGAGAAGGAUGAGCAGGAGGUGGCUGCAGCCCCAGCUCCAGCCCUGACUCCAGCUCCUGAUCUGGAGGCCCUUAGCACCCUGACCCUAGAGGAGCCAGAAAAGAAGGAAGAAGAUCCUGUGGCCCCAGUGGCUGUGCCUUCAACAAUUGGUGCAGAACUGAUGGAGCUGGUCCGAAGAAAUACCAGCCUGAGCCAUGACUUGUGCCGUGUGGCCAUUGGUGUUGUUGUUGGGCACAUCCAGAGCUCAGUCCCAGCUGUUGCAGGGGUCAUGGAGCAGAUCCUCAUCUCCCUGGUGGAGAGCAAGGAUUUGAGCUCAGCCCUGCCCUCGGGCCAAGUGUGUCAUGACCAGCAUCGCCUAGAGGUGAUUUUCACAGAUUUAGCACGGCGGAAGGAUGAUGCCCAACAGCGCAGCUGGGCCCUCUACGAGGAUGAGAAUGUCAUCUGCUGCUACCUGGAGGAGCUGCUUCGAAUCUUGACAGAUGCAGACCCAGAAGUUUGUCGGAAGAUGUGCCAGAAGAAUGAGUUUGAGCCAGUCCUCUCUCUGGUGGCCUAUUAUCAGAUGGAGCACCGGGUUCCCCUCCGCCUGUUACUCCUGAAGUGUUUUGGGGCCAUGUGUAGCCUCGAUGCGGCUGUAAUCUCUACACUGGUCACGUCCAUCUUGCCAAUGGAGCUGGCUCGGGAUAUGCAGACAGACACACAAGACCACCAGAAGAUGUGUUACUCGGCCUUGGUCCUGACCAUGGUGUUCUCCAUGGGGGAGCCACUCCCCUAUCACCACUAUGAGCACCUCAGUGCCCAUUUUGUCCAGUUCCUGUUGGAUGUUGUUGAGGAUGGUCUGCCCUCAGACACUACUGAUCAGCUGCCUGACCUCUUUGUCAAUCUGCUUCUGGCCUUCAAUCUGCACAUUCCAGACCCAGAAAACAACGUCAUCAUGACCACUGUCAGCAAACGUUCAAAUGUCAAGAUCUUCACAGAGAAGCUGCUGUUGCUGCUGAACAGAGGGGAUGACCCAGUACGCAUCUUUAAGCACCAGCCACAGCCCUCUCACUCAGUCCUCAAGUUCCUGCAGGACGUGUUUGCAUCCCGGGAGACUGCUUCCAUCUUUUAUCACACUGACAUGAUGGCCUUGAUUGACAUCACUGUGCGGCAUAUCUCAGACCUAUCACCUGGAGACAAGCUGCGCAUGCAGUAUCUGACUCUGAUGCACGGCCUCAUCCGCUCCACCUCCUACCUGCAGCACGGCCACCGGCUGCCAGACCUGCGGGCCACCCUGAGGCGCAUCCUGUCUGAAGAGGAGGGUGGACUGCAGAGCCAUACUGACCAGACCAUUGUCCGCCACAUGUGCGAGGAAUUCCCUGCUCUCCUCUGCCCAUCUACCAGCUAACCCUCAGCCCCUCACCUGCCUCUGCCUCUGCUCUCGGCCAUCUUCCCUAACCCCAAGCCCCAGACUCUUACCCUUCAAUGUCCACUCUAUGACCUGGAGACUUCUGGGUGAGGGGGCUUGAUGCCCUCACCCUAGGCCUUGGGGGCCCAGAACGUUUUGCACAGAGUUGCAGGAUGGGGGGCAUGAAGCUGAGCCGGUCUCAAUCACCCCCGUUCCCCCCCCCCAAAAGCAAGAAACACUGGAAACACUGGGAAGGGCUAAGGCUCUCUGGGUAUUCUUUGGUACAGCGGAGGAAGGGGAGGCCAAGAACAAGCAACAAAACAUUGGAAAUACUGUGGGGUUGGGGAAGGUUCUGGGUGUUCCUUGGGGGGUGAGGGACUGACACUCCCCCAAGGCCUCUGUCUUCCCUGUCUUUCCUCCCACUGCUGCUUAUUACCUAGCCCUGCCCACACUGCUCUUGUGGCCUGACAGAGAGCAUACUUGCCAAGCCCUGGCCUGACCUUAUUGAGGCUGCCUCCAUUAUUCCCUGCCUAUUCUUCUCACUUGCCUUCUUGCCUUAGCUUUGCCCCCCAGCCUUCAGGGCCCACCUGUCCUCCCACCCUCUCCCAGUGCCCCUUGGGAUUGGGGUCUGACCCCAAGUUGGGAAGGAGGCAAAGGAAGGGAGCCAACAGACCCUCUUGUGGGCUGGGAGCCUUUGCCCCCUGGCACUCAGGGGUCCAUUGUAGCCCUGCUCCACUCUAAGAUGGUCUGACCAACAUCAGGUUUUGUUUUCUCUGUAAAAAAUGUACGAAAGUUCAAAGGGACGUGUAUUUUCUUAACUGCUUAUAGCACAGCCAGACUGGAAAAUAGAUGAAUAAAUCACUCACGAGCAUCCCC